AUGACUUUCCCAAAAGCUUCUUGCAGUUUUCUUAGGAUCUGCCUCAUUUGUGUUGUUGCAUUUCAAUGUAAUGCUGCUGACCAAAUUUCAACUCUAGUUGUAAAUGCUUCUCGUGGAUCUGGAAGGCCUAUUCCCAACACACUUUUUGGAAUUUUUUUUGAGGAGAUUAAUCAUGCUGGUACGGGAGGAUUAUGGGCGGAACUUGUAAACAAUAGAGGAUUUGAAGCCGGGGGAAGGCGGGUUUUAUCAAAUAUUGAUCCUUGGACCAUAGUUGGAACAGAAUCAUCAGUUUUAGUACAAACUGAGCUUAAUUCUUGUUUUGAACACAAUAAGGUUGCUUUGAGAAUUGAUGUGCUGUGUGAUAAGUGUCCUCAUGGUGUUGGAAUAUCUAACCCAGGUUUUUGGGGCAUGAAUAUCGUGAAAGGGAAGAAAUACAAAGUAGUGUUUUUUGUUCGUUCAACUGGAGCACUAAAUAUAAUGGUAUCAUUCAGAAAAGCAAAAGGUGGAAGAAUAUUGGCUUCUACCAAUGUCAAAGGUUCUAAGUCAGAAGUUUCGAAUUGGAAAAGGAUGGAAACAAUGUUAGUAGCAACUGCAUCAAGUCCUAAUUCAACUCUUGAAUUAACAACAACUCAAAAAGGGAGGAUAUGGUUGGAUCAAAUAUCUGCCAUGCCCGUUGACACAUUUAAGGGACAUGGUUUCAGAAGUGACUUGGUAGACAUGCUGAUACAGUUGAAACCAGCUUUUCUAAGAUUUCCAGGUGGUUGUUUUAUUGAAGGACAAACAUUAAGAAAUGCAUUUAGGUGGAAAGAUAGUGUUGGACCAUGGGAACAAAGACCUGGACACUUUGGUGAUGUUUGGAAAUAUUGGACAGAUGAUGCACUUGGUUAUUUUGAGGGUCUUCAACUAGCAGAGGACAUUGGUGCAGCACCGGUGUGGGUCUUCAACAACGGUAUAAGCCAUACUGAUGAAAUUGAUACAAGUGUCAUUGCACCUUUUGUGCAAGAAGCACUUGAUGGCAUUGAGUUUGCUAGAGGAAAAUCUACUUCAAAAUGGGGAUCCCUUAGAGCAUCUAUGGGACAUCCUCAACCUUUUAACCUAAAAUAUGUUGGUGUUGGAAAUGAAGAUUGUGGCAAAAGAAAUUACCAUGGAAAUUAUCUAGCCUUCUACAAUGCAAUACGGCGUGCUUAUCCAGAUAUUCAAAUCAUUUCAAAUUGCGAUGCUUCUCUCAAGCCAUUAGAUCAUCCGGCUGAUUUGUAUGAUUAUCAUACUUAUCCUCGUGAUGCUCAACAUAUGUUUAAUAAUGCUCAUGUUUUUGAUAAGACACCGCGCAAUGGACCAAAGGCUUUUGUGAGUGAGUAUGCUCUAAUUGGACGACAAGCUAUGCAUGGAAACCUUUUGGGAGCUGUGUCUGAAGCUGGAUUCCUUAUUGGAUUAGAGACAAACAGUGAUCAUGUUGUAAUGGCAAGCUAUGCACCGCUUUUUGUAAAUGCAAAUGACAGAAAUUGGAAUCCAGAUGCAAUUGUUUUUAACAGCAAUAAAGCUUAUGGAACUCCUAGCUAUUGGGUGCAAUAUAUGUUUAGAGAGUCAAAUGGAGCAACAUUUCUCAACUCACAACUUCUUACAACUGAUCCCAACUCACUGGCUGCGUCUGCAAUUCUUUGCCAUAAUCCUCAAAAUAAUAACACUUACUUAAAAAUAAAGGUUGCAAACAUAGGGAACAAUCAAGUGAAGCUCAAGAUUUCUCUUGAGGGAUUUGGGAGUAAGAUUCAAACUGCGUCGAAAAAGACUGUACUCACAUCUAAAAAUGCAUUAGAUGAGAAUAGCUUCUUAAAUCCAAAAAAGAUAACACCACAACAAAGUCAGCUCAAGAGUCCUUCCAAGGAGAUGAAUGUCAUAAUUCCUCCAGUUUCAUUAACAGUGUUUGAUUUGUUAAGAUAG